AUGUCUCAGCCCACCAAGGCCUCGGCCACCGCCGCCGUGAACCCAGGGCCCGACGGCAAGGGGAAGGGGACCCCGCCCACAGGACCAGCCCCCGGCCCUGGUCCGGCCCUGGCCCCGGCAACCGUGCCCGUGCCCGUGCCCACGGCCAAAGCAGGGGACCUGCCUCCUGGGAGCUACAGGCUGGUGGUCUUUGAGCAGGAGAACUUCCAGGGCCGUCGGGUGGAGUUCUCCGGGGAGUGCCUGAACCUGGGGGACCGUGGCUUUGAAAGAGUUCGCAGCCUCAUCGUCGCCUCUGGACCCUGGGUGGCCUUCGAGCAGUCCAGCUUCCGUGGGGAGAUGUUCAUCCUGGAGAAGGGCGAGUACCCUCGCUGGGACACCUGGUCCAGCAGCUACCGGAGUGACCAGCUCAUGUCUUUCCGGCCCAUCAGGAUGGACUCCCAAGAGCACAAGAUCAGCCUGUUUGAAGGGGCCAACUUCAAGGGCAACACCGUGGAGAUCCAGGAGGACGACGUGCCCAGCCUCUGGGUCUACGGCUUCUGUGACCGAGUGGGCAGCGUGAGGGUCUCCAGCGGGACCUGGGUCGGCUACCAGUAUCCAGGCUACCGCGGAUACCAGUACCUCCUGGAGCCCGGCGACUUCCGCCACUGGAACGAGUGGGGCGCCUUCCAGCCGCAGAUGCAGGCCGUGCGCCGCCUGCGUGACAGGCAGUGGCACCGCGAGGGCUGCUUCCCGGUGCUGGCCGCCGAGCCCCCCAAGUGAGUCCGCUCUG